CUCUUUGACAUCGAUGCGUGGUGUUUUCAUCGUUUUUUCCGUUCAUUUUCAUUUAUUAAAGUGAGGUUAUUCUCUCGUCAAUUUUAAUUUGGUGAGGCUUCGCAAACAAUUUAACGAAGUGCUGAGCAUUUUGUGAAAUUAGGUUUUGAUUGGAAUAAGUAAGACGACGAUUUUUUUUGCAAUCUGUAUGAUGAUGGUUAAUUAAUGCUUCGUUGGAGGGAGUUGUAAUAUAUGUGUAUUAGAGAAGCUAUAACAAACCGUCUGGAUAAGUAGAAUGGAUACAAGAGACCGUUUGUAUCCGCAAUCUAAUCGCCAGCAAAAAUUGACACUUCGCCGGAGAUGUCGUAGUGAAACACUGCCGCAAAUGGGUCACGUCACGAUCGUCGGAACACCAAUCGAUCUGGACGAUCCGAAUGAGUUGCGUCGCAAAUCGUCAUCCUAUCACCAUCAAACCGUCUUCCGUAAUCGCAUACAUUCGAAACAUCAUUCCCCCAGUGUGCUACGCAACCAAGAGAGUACGAAAAACAUUUUUUCGUUGCGAGAAAAUCGUCGCAACACCACCGCAUCAGCUGUCCAACUGAAGACCAACACAAAGGAAAAUAUAUCGGUCGGAUACCAUGACGUCGAUGGUAGCAAAGAUAUCUGUUUGCGCGAAUUCGAACUGUACAAAGACCGGGCGGCCAAAACGAAUGUCGAUUUUCUCAAUAUCAACAAACAUCAGCGGAUAGAGAAAGAUGACUGGGAAUCGUAUGCGGCCGAUGAUUGUUAUGUGGAUACGCACAAACGACGGGCUCGGGCUAGAAGUGAAUCGGAACCGCACGAGAUUUAUCUGACCAAAACGUCGCCCAGCAAAAGUGAUUCGAUCGAACGGAACAAUUUGGUGUUAAAACGUUCACGAGAAGACAAGUCACACAUCGGUCGGAACCAUUUCGGCGAUACUUCACUGCCACUACUGCCCGAUCAAUUCUCACCCACAUUCGAUGCAAAAUCAAAACUACCACCGAAACCACCAGUCAAAAGUGCACAAUUCACGAAAUUGGUUAACAAUUACUACAACAGUCGACCGACAACGCCGUGCAAUUCGCCCCGAUACACUGGCAAUAAAUCGCUAAAUGGGAACAUUCGCAAGUUAAGGUCAAAGAGUUUAAAGUGCAAAGCAAUGGUCGUUGCAAAUCCAGUGCCACAGCGGUGCGUAACACCGGACAAUGAAUCAAAUCAUUUGAAGGACGAAUGUGAAGAGGAUUCGGAUGGUGGUGGGAGUAGUCUGGAAGAUGAUGUGGAUUUUGGCGAUGUUGGCGAAGAAGACUUCAAUGAUUCAUUUUCCGAUUCGGAAGAUUACAAUGCAACUGUUGCCACCGAACCACCGAAUAUAAAUAAGAAAUUGUCGGAAGCCAAUUUAUUGACCGACAGUGUGAUUGGCAGUCGACCAGAUUCCGGCCCACUAUCGGCUAGCCUUUUUCCAUACGUGCCUCCAUAUAUUACGUUCGCCGAUCACCUUGAAAAGGGUCCCGCGAUGCCAGCAGCUAUAACAAAAGUUCUCAAAUGGAAGCUCACCACAAUAACGCCGAUCGUGAUUCGGAAAGUGCUUGCAAACACUGGAUUCCGGCUGUUAAGAAAUGACGAACGACCGGAUAAUCAAAGUAAUGAUAGCGAUGAUGAGACAAACGAUUGGAUGGGCGUUUGGGGCAAACACAUGAAAAGUCCGUGCUUCAAAACGAUUCGAUCGUACCAGAAAAUCAACCACAUACCAGGCUCAUUUCAAAUCGGUCGCAAAGAUCGCAUUUGGCGAAAUUUACAAACACAAAUGGCCAAACAUGGCAAAAAGGAAUUCGGUUUCAUGCCCCGCACAUUUGUGCUGCCGGCCGAUUUGAAGCAGUUGCAUGGCUUGUGGCCGGCUUAUAGUCAUAGAAAUUGUAAAUGGAUUAUUAAGCCGCCAGCAUCGGCGAGAGGAACUGGCAUCAAGGUGGUGAAUCAAUGGUCGCAGAUUCCGAAACGGAAACCGUUGAUUGUUCAAAGAUACAUUGAUCGCCCGCUGCUAAUCGAUGGAAGUAAAUUCGACCUGAGACUUUACGUGUUAGUAACGUCCAUCAAUCCGCUACGAGUCUACAUGCACACCGAUGGACUAGCUAGAUUCGCAUCGGUUAAAUACAGCGCCAAAUCGGACACGCUAAACGAUCGCUACAUGCACCUGACCAACUACAGCAUCAACAAAUUGUCCAACAAUUAUGCAAAAAAUGAGGAUGCGAGCGCAUGCAAAGGUCACAAAUGGACAUUGAAAUCCCUGUGGACCCAUCUGGCUGGACGAGGUAUAAACACCGAACUACUCUGGGCCGCGUUGCGUGAUUUAGUGUUACGCACCAUUUUGGCUGGCGAGAAUUCCAUCAAUCACCUGACUAAAGUGAACAUCGGCAGCAAAUACAAUUGUUUCGAACUGUUUGGCAUUGACGUGAUAUUGAAUUCGGAACUGAUACCCUGGCUGCUCGAAGUGAAUAUAUCGCCGUCGUUGCACUCAGCAUCACCAUUGGAUUUACAUGUGAAGGGGCCAUUGGUUCAAGCGCUGCUGAACACUGCAAUGUUUCAGGUUCCACCCAGAAUACCACUAGCGAAGCAACAUGAAAUUAUUGCUGAGCUCGGGCUUGACGGUCUUCUGUGUCACGACAAGCGAAUAUUCACCACAAGUAUGUCAAAGGGCGACAAGUUGAAGCACAACCAUUUCACGAAUCGUAGCAUAACGCGUAGGGAAGAUUAUUUGGAUGACAUUCUGAAAAAUCUAACUGCCGACGAUAUUCGAUGUCUUCUCAUCACUGAGGAUGAGCUUGCUCGAAGCGCGCCGUUAGAAAGAAUAUUUCCGUCCGCCCAGUCCCACAAAUACCUGCAGUAUAUCGAAAGUCCUAGAUAUUACAAUCGUUUACUGGAUGCAUGGGAACAUCGAUAUGGUGGUAGUCGACGCGAGAAGGGCAUUGCAUUGAUACGGAAAUUUUGCGAAGAUAAAGUGCAUCUAACCGUACCACCACAACCAGCUAAAAAGGACUCCGAGAGUAAUGUAUCCGAUCCCAGUGCCGAGGCGAAAGUUCAAAUAUCCGACGAUGAAAUCGAUCAGCAAAAAUUGAAUGGCAUCAAUAACAUUGAGGCUACGAUAACAACGGUGAACAAUGGACAUAUUACCAAUGACGAUAGUGAAAUUCAAUAUUUUAACGGUCACAAAACCAAUCAUCAUCAUCAUGCAGUUAACGGAGUGACUGCAACGGAUUAGCUUUUAAAUUAUUUUUAUUUUUUCUCUUUCGUUUUAGUCUACUUAAGCGAUUACAGAUCGUACGAACUAAGACUGACUCGCGGAUUCAAUUUGUGUUCGUUUACAAUAAAAAAAAUCUUUUUUUUUCUCGAA